AGCAGUCAGGGUCUACAUGACCUGUAAUAAAUACUUAGGUGACAUUUUUAUCAGAAAAUAUGUGCCAUUUAAAAAUAUUGUGCAUGGAAGGUAUUCUACCACACUUCCUUGUCAACAAACCGACAAAUAUGAAAGAACCAACAUUUUUAAAAUAAAUAAAUUAUGUUGUCCCAGUCCUUACAAGAACCUGUGUUAUGGAGAGAAGAGAAAGAUGAAACAAAAGGGUGUCAGAAAGAUAAACCUUGACAGACAGCAGAGAAUUGGAGGACCAUCCAUCAAAAUCAAAAAUAAAAUGUUAGUCUACAAUAAUUUCUGCCUCCCCUGAGUAUCUGGAAUGAAUCAAGAAGAACAACAAACUAUACCCUGAUUCUCUGUAGGUAAACUAGCCUCUCAGAUGGACUGAGAUGGAUGGAAGAAUUAAAAGUUUGAUACUCUUAAGAUCUCUAUGAUCUCAAAUGAAUUGAACAUUUAUGAGUCUGAAAAGUAAAUAGAGAGUACUGGCAAAAGAGAUAGUGUUGUGAUUUUUAUUUCCUGGCUGUAUUUUUUGAUUGAAUACAGGCUAGAAUUAUCUAAUUCAAAGAGUUGUGUUCUUGAGAAAGGGUAAAUGAUCCGCUGUAUAAUUAUUAAACCUCAUCUGUUUUGUAUUAGUAUCAGACCCUAGACUCCAAUGUAGCAAUAUAUAAUUACAUGUAGAUUGAAUAUGAAAUAAGAGAGGAUGUAUCUUAAAUGUUAACUCCUGAAAUAGAACAAAGUGUGAAACAUGAUACACCACGCUUCAUUAUCCUGCUAAACAACAGAGAAUACCUUGUUUCUAUUAACAGUCCAUCUAAAUAUGAAUAUAAUUUAACAUAUGUUGAGAUAAUUUUGUACUUACAAUAAAUGUACAUAAAUGUUGUAUAAUAUGAUAUAAAUUGUGGGAAUCAUCAAAGUCUAUGUUUAUAUGUAAUUGAAUUAAAUGGAAAU